AUGAAUUCGACGGAAAUGAACAAUAUGUUUGGGCAGAUUUUUAAAUAUGGGGCCUCCUAUGUAAUGAAAAAUGGUUAUAUUUCGAACAGAUAUUCAGACAUAGCAUUGGUACUCAUGGUGAUGUGUCUGUUGCUGCUUAUAUUAUUGUCUGUCAACAAUCAGUGUAAAUUUCUUCCACAACCUUUCGCCUUUGUGCUGAUUACAUUGAUGGUCGUGCUCUGGUUAAUUGCCUACUCUUUACUAUGUAGCAAUCAUAACCUCGUGGAACUGAAUACAUAUCUCGGUGUUUCUAUUGCAGUACACACAAUUGUAGGCUUCGUCGCAACUUACGUUGGAAAAUUAAGCGUAUCUUAUUGUGUCAAACUGUUGAAAGUGGCUACGGUAGCAUUCAUUUGCGGCGCAGUAUUUUCUGUUCUGAAUAAUAUUACUUUUGUGUUCGAUUGCUUGACUGGUAUUUGUUGGGGCGUUACUUCAGAUAUC